AUGUUUCAACCGACCCAAACUAGCAGUGAUUUGCCACGCAAUUAUCUACAAUUUCAUGAGAAUGCUUUCGUUUCUCCACUCAACCUCAUCAAUGUUACACAUCCAGCUCCGUUCUCAUUCGGUCGAGCUCCGCAUCUUCUGCAGCAAACGAUCCCUCGCAAGAACUAUCCAUCGACAACAUCGCCACAACUGCAGUCAAUUGAUGCGAAUAAACUACACAUGUAUCAAUUCUUAGCGCAGCGAAAACUGAAAGAAGAUCGAUGGAAAAAAGAAUUGGAUGAAAAAAAUGCACAGAAACAAGCGUUUCAGCAGCGAAACGUUCGCUCUUCACAACCGCCAGUUCAACGGACACAAAAACCAGCAGCGCGUUCAGCAUCAGCUCCGAAAAGACCAAUACCCAUUAAGAAAUCGUACGCUAACGAAUCGAAUCGACAGCAGAUUACACCAACACCGAUUCAUUUCACUCGUCCCGAAGAUUCAUUGAGACAAAAUGAAUUAAGUGACGUGCACGAUCAACUUCUAUCACAAUUACGCAUUUUACAUCAUCCACCAGCGAGAGAAAAUAUCAUCGAUGAAACAGAACAAGAAAAACAACGUCGAAUUCGGCUUAAACGCGAAAGAGUCAAACGGGAUUCACGUGCAAUUUAUAAUGCACACCAGGAACUCAAACAAAUACUGCAUGAUAUUCCUCAACCAGAUGCGAAUCGAUCUCGCAUUCAUCACCGUCAUCUCAAUGCUUAUAGAGCAAUUCUCCUUGCUGUCGAGACACUUGCAAAUGAAGCUCCGCUGAAACAGCAAGAUGUACCGGUUCAACAACUUAUGACUUCAAUUCUCUCUGUUCUUGAGACACUAUCUCAGACGAACUACGCACUUGGUUUAUCUCAAUUACAAAUUGACCCGUCUUAUCUUCGUGUGCCAUCAUCUAAAACUGUACGCGCUCGACCUACAGCUGAAACUCGAACGGGGACACCAACAAAUCAUCUUCUACCCGCUAUUUACACUGAAUUGGUAAAAAAGAAGCAGCAGCAGCAGCAGCAGCAACGAAAGCCACGUGUAGUACCAUCUGUCUUACGACCACGUAGUGCUGAGUCAGUACGAUUACCUCGUACUGAUGCAGCAUCCAUUACCCGUCCAACCAUAUCCAUGCAACAUAAGACUAGAGCGCGCAGCCAUUCACCAUUACCAUCGAUAAGAUCAGCUUCAUCAAUUGAAACACCGUUUCAUUCACGUUUUACCGUCGAUCAUAUUCUUGUAAAACUAGCUCCUCAACUUCUCGCAAACUAUAAUGGAGCUGAACUAUCAAAACAAAUUGAACGAGCACGAACAUUAGUUCCCAUGUUUUUAGUAGAUAAUCGUUUAACUGACGAUGAGAUCACUGGGCGAGUAUUACAAAUGCUAAUGCCCAGACUAGGUCAACAAAUUCAGCCGUUACCAUCGACAGCUAACAUUGAAGUUUUUGAAACACCUGAAGAACGUGCUCGUCGAGUAAACAUGGAUGUGUAUCAAGCGCAGAUAACUACGUGGGAAGACGAAAUGUCACAAAUUCGACAACGUCUUCAAAAUUACAGAACAAAUCGAUUAGAAAGUGACACAAAUUCGCGACAAACACGAACAGUCAAGUUUCAACUCGAUUCGCCACCAGCAAUAUCAUCACCCCUAACAGAGAAUGUUCAUAUUCAUACACCAUCAUAUGAACAGGCAUUAGAGGAUUUUAUGAUAAAAUCCACCGAAGCCAAACAAGCAUUUGAGCAGACAACAGUACCAUCAUCAUCAUCACGAGGACAGAUUCGAUUGAUCGGCCUAGACUCGGGAAAGAUUCGACAAAUCGAACGAUAUCGACGAGACUAUCAAAGUUACUUACAAAGAACAGAAUCUGCUAAGAACGAAGAUUUCGAUCCUUGUCGAAUUAUUAACAGAUUGUCGGAAUUUUUACUUGACGAAGCUCUGUUGACUGUCGUUCAAGAAGUUGAACUAUUAACUGUUGAAUUAAGCCAAAAGCUAGUUGAAAAUGAAUUACUAGGACAGGAAAUCUCACUAGCUGAUGUUGAAAAAGGAGUCAAAGCACCCUCUCAAUCACAUCAUCGUCCAGUACAAAAGCCUACUCGAAAGCAGCCAUCCAUAUCGCCUUCGCCUCCGCCCGAACAAUAUAAUAUGUCCAGUUUCGAAGAAGACUUGAAUACUGAGAGUAAAGUAUCUCGUUCAGACAAUGAACGGAAUAUACCACGUCGAGAACCACCUAUGGAAGGUACAGGUCGUUUCACAACAGCAGCAUUUGAACAAAGGAGACUGCCGAGAAAUCGGUCAUCGUCAUCAUCAUCAGCUCGUACUCAUUCACCGCCAGGUAUUAUUUUAAAACCCACCGUUGUUAUCAACAAACCAAGUUCGAUCUACGACGAAGUCGAUCAAGUUUCCGAUCAUGAUUUUGAUUCAUCAACGUCGUCUUCUGUAUCAAAAAAACGUCAACAGCAACAACAGCAACGCCCACGACGUCAGUCCAAUGGAAAUGAUGAUGAAGAAGACGACGAAGAUCUCUUGUUGAGCACGAAAACAGGAGAGAAAAUUUAUUCGACAGAUUUCGAUGAAUCAAAGAGUAAAGCUCGCAGCGCAGGUAAUAAUUACGAUGAGGAAGACGAUGACAUCGCCGAUACAAUCAAAUCAUCUGCUCGAUCAUUCAAUGCAGCACAACUCAAUUCAUCGGAUACAGAUGACGAUUAA